ACCAGGAGGUAACGAGAUUGGAGGUAGGUCCAUCUGAGAUCCCACGAUUGAUAAUGAUGCCAGUAAUCACCGUCCAAUACGUGCGAGCAGAGUGUCCCCGAGUUGGAGAAAUAGGGAGACUGAACUUCUAAGUUCUGUACGGUAAGACCCAGCCGUAACCCUUAGCCAAGAGCUUGGUAUAAUGACUAGGUUCCAUUCAGUGAUCGUAGAUCCAAUUAUCGUGCCACGUACUAAUAGCACGUACUUCAUGAAAUCGACCCUUCACCCUUCCUGUAAUCCGUUCUACCCCGAUUUGAAAUUUUUUGUUCCAUUUAGUGACUCAGUAGCACUUGUGUCUGGGUAGUUCAUGAUUUCCCUGAUUCCUCCAGCGUCCAGCAGUUCUUAUUUCUACCUCUGAUACUAUGGCUUUGAAUACCAACGAAAUGCCAAUCGAAGUUGAGCCUAUAGAAGAACAAGCAAGAGAGACACCUGGAAUCUCUUCCGCAGGUGCAUCGAGUAGAACGCUUCACGAUGCCACUACAGGUCGUCGCCAAAUUCAUUCGUUCAUUCGUGAGCUUGGGGCUGGCAUCAUACUAGACGCCCGCGCUCGCAUUCCUUGGUAUUUGAGUGACUGGACAGAUGCAUGGAAUUACCGAGUCGUACCCGCGACCGCCCUCAUUUUCUUUGCAAAUGUUUUGCCUGGAAUAGCAUUUUCGCUAGACCUAAUAGAAACAACCCAGCAAUACGGAGUUGCCGAGGUCCUCAUAUCUUCCUUCAUGGCAGCAUUUGUGUUUUCCGUAUUCGGAGCACAGCCGCUUACAAUCGCGGGCGUCACUGGGCCGAUUACCGUCUUUAACAAGACGAUAUAUGAUAUCAUCAUCAAACAGCCUAAUGCACCGAAUUAUCUGCAUUUUAUGGGUUGGGUUUACUUCUGGGCUGCAAUCAUCCACUGGAUAACAGGCCAUCUUGAACUAAAAUGUCGCUCAGUUGAUCUCGGCUCUCAAGGGUGUAAUUUCCUGAAAUAUGUCACACUUUUCUCUUGUGACACGUUCGGCUUCUACGUCUCCUGGGUGUACCUCCAAUACGGAGUUCAAGUGAUUACUCGACAGUUCAGUGGGGACUUCGAAGGUGCUUUGGUGGGCAUCAUCCUCGCCCUCUUGAUGCUUGUCACAUCAUUCUUGUUCCAACGCCUUUCGGAGACUACGUUGUUCCACCGUCAUAUCCGUCGCUUCUUCUCGGAUUAUGGAAUGCCCAUCUCCCUCGUUGCAGCAUCAAGCAUGGCAUACUGGGGUCGCUUUAACGCUUCUAAUCCUACUACGCUACCAGUAGGCAGUGCGUUCCAGGCUGCGAAUGGAAGAGCAUGGCUCGUCAAAUUUUGGGAGCUAGAUGGAAAAUGGGUUGGUUUCGCACUUCCUUUUGGCAUCAUUCUUUGGAUCCUGUUUUUCUUUGAUCACAACGUUUCGUCUCUGAUGGCUCAGGGUUCACAGUUUCCUUUGCGGAAGCCACCCGGUUUCCACUACGAUUUCUUCCUUCUCGGUAUUACAACAUUCAUAGCGGGACUCAUUGGGUUGCCUGCGCCCAACGGACUUAUACCCCAAGCACCUAUUCAUACCGCCUCGUUGCUCGUUAUGGGAAAACAAACCCAGAAAGAUUUAGAUGAAGAACAGAUCAUCAGAUCAUCCCCGCAAUCCGGCAAUGAUUCCAACGGAGUAGUUACAAAAACGGAAAAAUCAUUUGACUCUUCCAUCAGCCGGCGAGAAGUCCCUAUCGCCGUCGUUGAACAACGGGUCUCCAAUCUCGCACAAGGUGCACUAUGCCUUGUGUUACUCACCGGUCCGUUCCUGCAUAUCCUGGGUCUCGUCCCAAGAGGCGUACUGGCUGGCCUAUUCUGGUUCAUGGGUGCGGAUGCGCUCAAGGGCAACGGAAUCACGAUCAAGCUCAUGUACCUUAUACGCGACAAGACCCUCGCCUCGCCUGAUGAUCCACUGCACAAAGUCAGGAAAUCACGACUAUCAAUGUUCGUGGCUGUCCAACUUGUGGGCUUCGGAGCGACGUUCGUGGUCACUCAGUCCAUUGCUGCUAUCAGUUUUCCGGUCAUAAUCUUGCUUCUUGUUCCUCUUCGAACCUACGUAAUUCCAAGACUCCCCUUCACGCAGGAGGAACUUUCGAUCCUCGAUGGUCCCACUGCUUCUCCAUUUACGAUGGAAUCUGUUGGCGGAUCUCUAUAAAUGACUUGACUAUGAUUCUCUGACCCUGUCCAUUGCUCUCGUGUUUGAUUCUGAAGUGCUGUGCUGUUAUUCACCAAAUUCUCGUGUAUUGCAAUCGUGAGGGUAUUGCCCAACGUAUAUUGACAGCACACACAAUGUGCGUUCGUUGUAUUGUCUACAUCUAUGUAUAAAAUAUGUCCGUUGGCUCUCACUUCAUAUCAGUUAGGGUAUUAGACGCAUGGAGGAAUGAAAGCCAACUGGCGGGGGCACGAGUGGGUAGUGCAGUGGUACCUGCAAGAGGAUCUAGGGGGGAGAGUGCGCACGCAUACUCCAGCAGGUUGCUUACAUUCUCGGAGCUGU